CAAAAAACGAAGCACCGAUUGUUUCGAUGCAACCGAGAGCGAACGGCUGUGUUUGUUUGUUUCGAUGCAUACACGCACGACGACGGCAGAUACACACGCCACCAAACCAAACCAAACCAAACAAAACACAAGCGAGCCAACAGUGCUCCCACGGCACUAUUGACGCUCACUCCCUCCCGUCCCUUCCCUCGCAUCCGAUAUCGGCACCCUUCCUCCGUCAUUCAUUCAGCCAUUCAGCCAUUCACCUCAUUCAUUCUCAUUCAUUCAUGUCAAUCACGACAUCUCGCUUGCCGUGAUUGAGGUUGUUGCAUGGGGUUUGGCGCGAACCAUUCAUUCACGUCUUGUGCCGCACGUUGCGCCUCAACUGGAGCAGUUGCUGGGAAGGGGGCGGCGACGAAGACCCAACGGGACCCCCCUGGCACGGAGCAGCGGCCGCUUCCACCAAGCAGCGCGCACCCUGGCCACGUUUUGGGUUGCGUGCACGAAACCAAAAACCCACCAACAGCAGCAGCACUGACGGAGUGAUUGACUGAGGCAACGUGUGGGAGAACCUCACCCAACACACACACCAAAACACACACGCACAUACAGCACACCGCACGAGCAACACAAGAUGAACGUGAACGCAGUUACCCUCCCCGAUUCUGAUCCAACACAACAGCUACAGCUACACCGUUCCAGCGCCACUGCAAGAGACAGUGGCCACGAGCGAGAGCAAUCAACAACGGCUACAACGACAGCGACAGCAGAGACCACGUGUACAUCAUCAUCAUCGUCAUCAUCCUCCAGCACUGCUAAGAUGCCGCCCAACACCACCAACACCACCACUGCUGGUGCCCACGGGCAUGCUUAUGAGCAACCCGGUGGCCACGCCCAUGCUGUGGACGAGGAUGCAAAGAAGCCAGAUUGCGCAUCACCGCCAGCAAGUACAACAUGCACCUCUCCUGCGCGGUCCCCUGAGGCUGCCGUGUCGCCGGCGUCAUCAGUCCUGAGCGACACCAGCGUCAGCAGCAUCAACACCACAAGCAGCAGCGACGCCGACUUCAUGGCCAGCUUCCGCGCUCUCCCUGUCGACACCCCAGACGAGGCAUCGCAGGCUGUGCACACUCCGCUGGCUCAGCGCCGCCGCCGCCGCACUGCCGCAGCAACAGCACCGCUGCGCACGUCCAUAUCGCACCCAGCCACGCCGACCACACCGAAACGUGCCGCGUCCUUGACAUCGCUUCGACCCUCGGCCAUUCCGUCACCGGCGCAGCAUUCAAGGAGAAGACCGCGACAGUUGGGUGCCGGCCUUCACUCUCCACGCAGCAGCAGCGCGUCGCUGUCGUCGUUGUCACCACCCACCUCCUCCUCUUCGCCACUGUCUCCUCCAUCAUCAUCCUCAUCGUGGGCAUCGUCGUGGUGGUCGCUGGCAUCAUCACAAAAGGCCAACACCCCAAACGCAGUCCACCAACACGCGUUGACUCAACAACGCCUUCCUCGCCAGCAGAGCCACCACCACCACCAGCAACAGCAGCAGCAACAGCGAGACACCCGCACACCAUCUGUGGCGUCAUCACCAUCGCCUACUGCGCGCGCACCGCACCUGCUCAGCCGGUUCUCCUCGCCAGCGUCUAAGUACACGCACAUGUCCGUGCAUGAACUCAAGCAGCAGGCAGCCGCACACAUGGACACAAAGGAGCGGUAUCUUGCGGCAGAGGCGCUGUACAACCUGGCGGGCAACCAGCAGAAGCAGGGCCGCACAAAGGAGAGCAUGCGCACAUACCGCACAUGUCUCCGCCUCAACCCGCACCACGCGCCCGCGCACUUUGCCCUUGCAGUCGUUCACGAGACGCGGGGCAGCGUGGCCAAGGCGGUCAAGCACUAUAUCAGCGCCAUGGAAAUUGUGCCGUCGCACGCGGCUGCCAUCUCCGCGCUCGCCAGGCUCUUGCUUGCAAGCAACACGGGGGAUGUGCGGCCUGCGCUGGCCCUGCUGGAGCGGCUGCAUGCCCUCGAUGCGUGCGAGCACGAAGACCACGUGCGGCUGGCGCAUCUCCACCGCACCGUCACGCGCAAGCUGGAUGCCGCCGCCUACCACUACCAGGCAGCGCUCGCCAUGGUGCCCCACGAUGUUGGUGCUGCUGUUGCCCUGGCGCACCUGUACGAGGAGGACAUGUGCGACCUUGGCGCUGCGCACAGGCAGUGGCUCGCGGUCGCAGCCAUGCUUGACGGUGGUGAUGAUGAUGGGGAUGAUGGUGAUGAGGUUUGUGGAGACGAGGAGGACGUUUGUGAGGAGCGGCGUGGGCGAGAUGAUGAUGAUGACAAGGAUGAUGACGAUGACUGUGAUGAUGGACGUGGGGCUGGCUCGCUCGAACAUCGAGGACUGCGGCAGGUGGCUGCUGCUGCUGUGCUGCGAAUUGAGCAGAGGCUGCAGUCUGCGCACGCGUCAACGGAACUGCCGCAAAUGAUCUAGACGAGAGGAGGAAGAGAAGUCGAGAGUUGAAGAGGGGUGUGAGGAUUGUUGGGCAGGAAGCGACUGCUUUGUGGGAGAGAUGUGACAAGACGCGCUCUUCGUCACCAGAACCACAGAACAAAUGCGUUAAGGAAUGAUUCAACCAUUGCUCGCCUUUCAGCGUGCACGUGCGUGCAAACCAAACACAGCAUCAUGCCCCCUUCCUCAUUUCCUCCUGGUCCCCUUCCUUCGUCUUCACCUUCGUCUUCGUGCUUUGUUGCAUUAGCCGAUGUUGCGUGUGUACUCUCCACGCGUGUACAAUUUGGGUCCUAUCUGAUGUAUGGUGUUUCUCUUGUACAUUCUUGCUGUCCUCUUGCUUCACCUUGAUGCUUUCAUUUGCCAUGACCCCAUACCCCUGCUGCACUUGUUGUAGCCAAUUCGCCACAGCAAACAUCUCCUUCGCAUGUUUUCCCACUCGUUUGAGUUGCCUCUUGGUUUCACUAUGCUCGAUUGUCGCACCAGUCACAUGCGUGGCUGCUGCUUGCUUCUUGACCCUCCUCCUCCUCCCCCCCCCUCCACCCUGCUCUUGUUGCCCCUUGGCGUGUGUCAUGGUUUCUUGCACUAGGCGUUCGUUCACUGACAGGAAGAAAGCGCCACGUGUUAGCGUGUUGCUUUGCGUCGUUUACAUAAGAACAGAAUGGCAAA